UCGAGUGAUGACUGUAUGUAUGAACCAAUGAGAGCACUGAAUAUUGUGGUGACGUUACCGGUGUUUGCAAUGAAUGUAAAAAGUAAUCGAAAUUUUCAUUCAAUUCAAUGACUUUUAAAUGAGAUUUUGUUUUCAAUUAGUUUUUAUUUAAUUCAAGUUUUUCUUACUUUCAUUGAUUUCUUCUUCAUUUAUCUUUGAUUUGUCACCACUUUAUCAAUACUUAUGACAAUUAUGAACAACUGGUCAUCAAUACAAUGGAUGACAAUUGUCUACAUUUGCUUUCAAAUGUUACGAUUGAGUGAAUGUCUGCGAGAAGGCGAGUGUGAGGUUUGCGUUGGAGUUAUCAACAAAUUGAUCAAUAGAUUAGAUAAGAAUGAAAAGUCAGAUCCUCUGAAGAUUGAGAAAAAGUUUAAAGAGUUGUGUUUGGAAUCCAAGAAGUCUGAGAACCGAUUCUGCUACUAUAUUGGAGGACUCGAAGAGUCGGCCACCAAAAUAUUGGGUGAAAUGUCAAAACCAUUGAGUUGGGGAUUACCGGCGGAUAAAGUUUGCGAAAAGUUGGUCAAAAAGGACUCUCAGAUCUGUGAACUCAGAUAUGAAAAGACAAUAGACUUGAAAUCAGUUGACUUGAAGAAACUGCGGGUUCGCGACCUCAAGAAGAUCCUAAACGAUUGGGACGAGACAUGUGAUGGAUGUAUAGAAAAGGCAGAGUUCAUCAAUAGGAUAGAAGAAUUGAAACCUAAAUACAUUCGCGAAGAACUUUGAUUUUAGUGAAUAACGAUUAGUCAAUAGGUUUUUAAAUUAAAUUAUUUACCUUAUCUUUUGUAUAACAAUAACACUUUCACUAUUAAGGCUUUCAUCACUACAUUGUUUUCAA